AUGUCUUCCGCCUUCCUCGCCUCUGCAACCCUUGCCGGUGUUGCCUCACACCUCUUCUUCUUCAAGCACGGCGAGCGUCACCUCUACCCAUUUCGCUACCUGCAAUCUUUCCUCCUCGCAUGCAUCACCAUCACUGUUGCGCAGAGAUAUCAUGCUGAGCUUCCGGUGUCGACUGCCGUGACAAACACUGCCAAAUAUGCCUCGCUGUAUCUGUUCGGCCUCUAUGGCAGUUUGGUCGCCUAUCGCCUAUUCUUCAAUCCCCUGAACAAAAUUUCCGGGCCGUACUGGUCGCGUUUGUCCAAGUUCGACUUCGUAUCACGCGCCGCCCCAAGACUGAACUCUCAGCAAGUCUUGCUUGACCUGCAUCAACAGUACGGACAUUUCCUUCGCAUAGGACCCAACGACGUCUCGAUUACGCACCCCGAUGGUGUCGAUGCUGUGCUCGGCAACAAAUCCAAAUGCAACAAGGCCCCGUGGUACGAUUUGGACUAUCCGCUCAUGUCGAUGCACACGUCGCGAGAUCGGGCAAUUCAUGACCGCCGUCGCCGGAUCUGGAGCCCGGCGUUCAGUGAUCGCGCGCUGCGUGGGUAUGAGCAACGAAUUCGCGGAUACAAUGACCUUCUGAUCAAGAAGUUGGACGAGUCCAAUGGACAGCCGUUGGACAUGGCGCAGUGGUUCAACUGGUACUCAUUCGACGUCAUGGGUGAACUGGGAUUCGGGGCAUCAUUCGAUAUGCUCUCAUCCGGCGAAACACACUGGGCUAUCAAGAUCCUCAAUGCAGGAAUGGAUCCUAUCGGGUUGUGUUUGCCACCCUGGCUGCUCAGAGUGCUCAUUGCUAUCCCCGGACUGAGUGGCGACUGGUGGAAAUUCAACGACUUUGCCGCGAGCCAGCUUGACAAGCGGAUCAGUGUCCAGGGCAAGAACGAAAAUCCCGACGUCACGCACUUUUUACUCGAGCCAUAUCUUAAGAAUGACCAGAUGACACAAAAGGCGCAAUUACCUCUUCUGCAAGCCGAUACGAAAUUGAUCAUCGUGGCGGGAAGUGAUACGACAGCGGCGACGAUCGUGCAUUUGUUUUACCAUAUCGCUGCUGAGCCGGGGUUGCUUGGAAGAUUACGUGAGGAGAUUGAUUCUCUGGUUCCACUGGGCAAGGGGAUCGAGCACCAACGAAUUCAAGAUGCCACGGUGUUGAACGGCGCGAUCAAUGAGACCUUACGACUUCAUCCGCCGGUGCCGAGCGGUGGGUUUAGAAAGACUCCUGUUGAGGGGGUUGAGAUUGGCGGCGUGUACAUCCCCGGGAACACUGUGGUGCAGAUUCCUUAUGGGCCUAUGGGGCGAGACCCUUCGAUCUGGCCGUCCCCUGAAGCAUUCUUGCCUGAGAGGUACAGCAGCCGGCGGGACCUGAUGCCGUAUCCUGGUGCGUUUGCGCCGUUCUCGAUUGGGCCGUACGGUUGUAUUGGGAAGAAUUUGGCGUACUUGGAGAUCAGGAUGCUUGCGGCGCAGAUUGUGAGGUUGUUUGAUGUCAGGCUUGCGGACGGGGAGACUGGGGAGGAGUUGCUGAGUGGGAGUAAGGACCACUUCACUGUUGGGUUGGGAGCGUUGAGGAUGUGCUUUGAACGGAGGAAGUGA